AUGUCCAAGACGAUCUCGAGACCCUUGCAGCGGUACCCGACUGCUUUCGCAGCUUGUGCAACGCAGGUCAGUAGCUCCUCUUCAACUCGCCCUCCUCGCGUCUCUCGUACCACGCAGCUCGCUGACCGCAGGCAACACACCUACACGUCCCUCCCUUCCACACAGGCCAUGGCCUAUGGCAAAUGCAUUGGCGCAAAGUACACCGAGGUCGAACGUGGCAUGUGUGAGAAGGAGUUCCAAGCGUUCAAGGCUUGCGUCGCACAACAUGUCUGUCUCCCGCCCGGAUAUUGCUGUCCCAUCUGAUCCUUGAGCAUCGGCUGAUCUCGGAAUAAUAUUCGUUGCCGGAACAGGUCAAACGAAAGUGA